CGCUGAUAUGUCCAGCGACGUCUCGACCUCGCGCGCGUGCUCGGCGUCGGGCUCGACGUCCCCGUCGCCGUCGCAGGCGAGCGACGGAAACGACAAGAUUACCGAGUAUGCGCCCAGCCCAUCCCUCCUCGCAGCCUACGACAGUCUUAUGGCCUCCGCCCUCCCCGCCCUCUCCCUCCCUCUUCCCCCUCCCAUCUCCGUCCCCUCGCCCUCCCCGCCCCCAGCUGAAGAUCCGGACAGGCCACUGUCCAAAGCCGAGCGGCAGAACGCGAAGAAGAAGCGGCGGAAAGAGCGCGAGCGCGCACUCAAAGCCGCCGCGGCGGCCGCAAAGGGCGAGGCACCGGCCCACGCCGCCCCCGCCGAGGCGGAGGCAGUCCCGUUCCGGCUGCUCGGCGCGGUGGCCCCGAUCUCGCUCUCGACGGUCGAGAGCUACGAGCUCACGCCGAACCCGCGCGUGCGUCCCUUGCCGCCCGCCGUCGUGCAGCGGAUUCGGCGGAUCGCUGCAGAAUCGGCUGUGACGGCGCCCGAUCCACCUCCCGUUUUGAAUAAAGAGCCUGAGGUAGGGGUCUGGCGCGCGGAGCGCGCGCCGCCCGUUUUUCUGGCGUACGCCGCGCCGGUGGAGCACAAAUGCGUUGCUGUGCCUGCGCUCAGGUUGUGUAGGGAGAUCGAGGUGGAUGAGAAGGAGAGGGAGAAGGAGGAGCGGCGAGUGGCGCGGCGCGCGAAGCGCCGUAGAGCGUUUCCGCCCGCGCAGUAUUGGACGCCGCCGGAGGGCGUCGUCACGAGAGGGUAUGGGUAUGGGUACGGUUUGUAGCAUAUGUAGCAUAGGAUCCUCUUCGCAU